AUGGCUUCGUUCGGCCAGGUGCCCGACUUCAUGGUGCGAGACCAUUUCGUAGACAAUCAGCUGAAGGCGGAUCUGCUCGCGGAGUUGGGCCAAGAGAGGCUCGCAGCAUUUCAGGAUGGCGCACUCCGAGGCACCGUAAACUCUGGAACCGGCUUCGCCACCUGGGUAAAUUUGCCAAGGCGGCUUGCUGAAGAGAUUCGUGCAUUGACAACCGGGAAUACCUGUCCAGUGGGUCCCGGCGACGGCCAUGUGUCUGUCCCAGCUAUGAUGAGCAUAGGCGAUGUUGAGAACCAUCGCGACUCCUGGGGUGGCCGUUGCAACUCCGAAGUUCACAGCCAUACUGUUAUGGUGUGGCUGCAAGGUGCAGGCUCCCAGCUCAUCCUUCGAAGCGACAGUCAGUGCCACAUCGUGGAAGCCUUGCCCGGAAGACUGGUGGCCUUCUCCAAUCGCGUGUACUCACAUUCAGUGAGACAGGGAAUCCCCGGGACAGCCCGGGUAAUGAUCGGACCCAUGGCCUGGCACAGCUCCGGCAGUUUUCAGCCCGUGAUGGCGAUGGAGUUCGAGCAGCCACAGAACUGUCAAGAGUGGACGCUUUGCUGCUGCGUGAUGUGCGGCUUUUUCUGCAUUGCAUCUGUGGGCCAGUGCUGCUUGCUUCCUGUACUUCUUCGGGCAGCUCUUGGAGCUGUUCGUGGCGCACUUGCAGGAGCUGUCUUGGCGCCUGCCUACUCUUUGGCCUUUGCUGUGACCGCGCUAGUGUGGACGCCACGGGUCUUGUGCCGGAGUUGCAAGGCGCUUCGCACUGAAUCCUGUUGUAUGGCGCUCUUGUCGCUGUUGCUUCUUCCCCUUCGUGCUCCCGUGAUGCUGGCUCUGUCACUUCCAGCCAUCUUCCUGGUCACGAUCAGUUGGGUCGCGAUGUCUGCAGCCUUCUACCCAGAGUACAGCUGUUGGCAUCUAGCAGUCGGAGGUGUCUGUGCAGCGGAUGAUGAGGAAGAGUCCAGUGUAAUAGAGCUUCUGCAGAACAUGUUGGGAGACAUUUGGAGAUAUCACCGUGACUUUGACUUUUCCCCCUGGGAUGCCAGUCCUCGACCUUCACCUGUGGUGAUCGGAGCAAGCGAAGAACAGGACCACAGCACUGAUCCUGCAACUUCCGUGUCCUUACGGACCUGGAGGCAUCUCGUAGGCGAGUUCAGCAUGAAGGAUGUUUGGGACGCCUGCUUGAAGCGCGCAGUCACCCUUGGCGUGGAACUUCAUGCAGCAGGACGGAUCUCCACAGAUGAUCUGGAAGGGAUGGAGCCAUUCCUUUUCCUGGGACUUCCGGCAGUGGCUGUUGUCCAGUUGGUGCGGCGAUCAGCAGACAAGAGUGGCCUCGUUUUCGACGAAGACAGGAUGACAGUCACUUCUUCCAAUCGACCACACAAUGCGUUUGCAGACGGUAUCUGGCAUUCUGCAAUGCGUGCCAAGCGAGCCUUGAUAGAGUCACUGGACCACCGGUCUUUGAACGACGUGGACGUGGAGUUCUUGGAGCUUGCAGCUCUCAAUCGUCCUUCGACAGACCUGUCACGACUGGAUCUGGACAUGGCGCGGAAGCAGCAACUGAACGCCGUGGUGACAGCCGCAGUUGAGCUGGCCAUCUUCGCCUCACGCUCAGCUCAGUUCAAAGCCUCUAUGGGCUCCGUACUUCAAGAGAUAGUUGCGAGUAAAUCAAUCUUGCAUCUGACCCUCGCAGCGGUUCAGAUAGGCACAGCAGAGCGCGGCAAGCACACAGAUCCCAGCACUCCAGAGCCAAGGCCGGGCUUCUACCGAGGCGCAACCCCUGGGACGCCGGGCUUCGCACUCAGCUACGAGAGGCCCUCGGAGAUAAAGUGGGGUGUCAUCGAUCCUGUUUCCGGAAGGAACAUCACGCAGUUCCGUGGUGAUCAACCGCAGCGAAUUGCAGCUUUGGCUGCCAAGCACCUUCGUCAGGCACCUCAGAGAGUGAGCACACCGGGAAAGAAGGUGGAGAUUAGGGACCAGCUCCUGGCGGAAAAAUGCCGCUGCCAAAGUUUUGCAGACGGCUGCAUCGAGCUCCAGUUGGUGAUUACCACUGAGAUCUUGCGUUCCUCAUUGAGCUCUGCUCUGGCUUUGGAGGCUUUGCAGGGCCUUCACGGCAUCGCCAAGGAGAGCGCAGGAGAUCCAAAGGUCUGGUCGGCAGUGGAGGCUGAAGUUUGGGAUAGCUUAAAUCAGCCAUUGCGAGAUGUUCAAGAUUUGGCCACUUCAGUCCUCAUGGCAGCUGCUGGCGCUGGCAGGUCUGGAACGCGAGAGGAAGUCUUGGAGCGUCUCGAAAGUCAAGAUGAGCGCUCCAGGCUCGUUGCUGUGCAGAUGCUGGGCAUCAUGGGUGAUGCAUCAGCAGACGCGCUGAGGCGGCGGCUUUUAGACCCGAGCGAUACGGUGCGGGCAGCGGCGGCAGAGGCGUUGGCUUCUCGCCCGGAGUUCCUGGAUCAAGCGGCCAGGUUCGCUUUAAGCGCCUUGCUCCAUGACCGGAGUGCUCUGGUUCGGACGGCGGCCAUGCGCGGCCUCGCCCGCUUCGUCUCAAUGAGCGGAUGUCCUGUUUGUGCUCCAGCAGGCGACUCUCAAGAAUACGCAGAUAGGCUGGAAUUCGCUUUUCUCGCAGUCUUAGCACGCCUUCAGCACCCUGAUCCGUCGGUGCGCAGCUCUGUGGCUGGUGCCGCGGGUGCUGUGCUCAAUGCUGCAGCGCGGCGUCGCUGCGAACGCUGCAAUGGCCGACGUCGCCCGGAGGCGGCAGAGGAGACGAGCUUUGCCACCAUGGCUGCUCAAGCCCUCUCCGCUUGUUUGGCCGAUGAAUGUGCUGCAGUACGUGCGUUGGCAUUGCAAGCCUUGGCAGAGUUUCAUGGAGGGAACGGGAAAGAUAGAAAGAUCAUGGCACCGGAGCUCUCUGCACUCAAGAAUCAGGUGGCCCCUUGCCUAAAGCACAUGGACGCCGGAGUCCGUGUCGCAGCCACACGUGCCACUGUUCGCCUUGUACAGAAUGGCGACAGGGAGUCGAUCCAGGUUCUUCAACGGCUGGUGCAGAAAGACACCGACAUCAGUGUCCGGACGGCAGCGAAAAAUGCUCUGCUGGCGCUGGGGGUGGACCCCUUUUAA